UUGUCGACCAAUGUGGGAUUUAUAACUACCUAACUUGUAUACAAGUAUCCAAUAAAACUUUUCUUUGUCUUCCUCCUCAGUGUAAAAAUAUGGAGAUUCUGCACUUCCAUUUCAAUUCAGUUUUAUUCUUGCUUUUCUUUUUCCUCCUCUUAAUUCUUUUCGUUAGAAAAUCGAUAAAAACUAACCAAAGGUUAUUGCCACCAGGUCCAUGGAAAUUGCCUCUUAUUGGAAGCUUGCAUCACCUUACUGGAGCACUUCCACAUCAUGCUCUUAGAAAUUUAUCCAGAAAAUAUGGGCCACUAAUGCACCUGCAGCUGGGAGAAAUUCAUGCAGUUGUUGUAUCAUCUCCUCAUAUGGCAAAACAAUUUCUAAAAGUUCAUGACCUUUCUUUUGCAGCAAGGCCAAAACUUAUGGUGUCUGAUAUAGUCUUUUAUCAUCAAAAAGACAUUAUAUUUGCAAAAUAUGGUGAUUACUGGAAACAGAUGCGCAAAAUAUGUAUCUCAGAGCUACUCAGUGCAAAGAUGGUCAAGUCGUUCAGCUUAAUUCGACAAGAUGAAAUUCAUAAUCUUGUUGCAUCAAUUCGUUCCACGCCAAAUGUUGAGCUUAACAUGACUCAAAAGGUUCUAAGACUUACUAGCUCUGUUAUAUGUAGAUCAGCUUUUGGAAAAGUAUGGGAUGAUAGAGAUAAUUUGUUGAUGAUCAUGACGGAAGUACUAGCCUUAUCAGGUGGAUUUGAUGUGGCUGAUUUCUUUCCUUCUUGGACAUUACUUCAUGAAAUUAGUGGAAUGAGAAGCAGAUUGAUGAGUAUGCAUAAGAAGAUUGAUGUAAUAUUGGAGAAAAUUAUUAAUGAACAUAAAGAGGGCCAACAAGCUAAUGGGAAAGAGGGAAAUGGCGAGUUUGGGGGUGAUGAUUUGAUUGACGUUUUACUCAGAGUUAUGGAGAAUGGUGAACUUCGAUUUCCAAUUACAAAUGACAACAUCAAAGCAGUCAUUCUAGACAUGUUCUUUGGCGGAACUGAAACUACAUCAACAACAGUACAAUGGGCGUUGUCUGAACUGAUGAGGAACCCGAAUGCCAUGGCCAAAGCACAGGCAGAAGUGAGAUGGGCCUGUAAAGGGAAGAAAGAUUUGGAUGAAAAUGAUCUCGAAGAGUUGAAGUAUCUGAAGUUAGUGAUUAAAGAAACAAUGCGGUUACACCCUGCAUCUCCUCUAUUAGGCCCUAGAGAAUGCAGGGAGGAAACCAAAAUUGAUGGAUACACUAUUCCUUUUAAAGCCAAAGUGAUAGUUAAUGGUUGGGCUAUUGCAAGAGAUCCUGAAAGUUGGGACGACCCUGAAAAUUUUGUGCCAGAGAGAUUUGAAAACAGUUGUGUGGAUUCUAAUGGAAAACAUUUUCAAUUUAUUCCAUUUGGUGCAGGAAGCAGGAUGUGUCCAGGAAUGCAUUUUGGUUUAGCUAAUGUUGUGUAUCCGCUAGCACAGUUGCUUUACCACUUCGAUUGGCAACUUCCUUAUGGACUACAACCCAAGGAUCUGGAUAUGUCUGAAACACUUGGAAUAUCUGCAGCUAGGAAGAAUGAUCUUCACUUGAUUGCCAUUCCACAUGAUUUGUCUCAAUAUUGACACAAAAUAUCAUUAUCAUAGUUUUAUGAUGCUUUCUUUCUUAUUCAGACUCUGUGCAAAGUUCCAUUUCAUCUUUCUAAGUGUAUCCCCUAAGAAAGUAAUAAAUCCCAUUUCAUCUUUCUACAA